AAACCUGGGGCCAAUCUCUGGCCUGCGUGAACUCCACUGGCCCAAUGGUCCUGUGCCUGGCCCAUGUGAGUGACAGAUUUUCCUCUAAGGAUCCUGUGGCCUUAUCCCCUCUGUCUGCAGAGGAACCUGCAGAGCCCCCCUGAUCACUGUGACAGAAUGGACUCUAGCUCCAGCCCUCAGCCCUCAAGGGCCAAUGGGAAUGUGAACCUGGGGCCUUCAGCCAACCCAAAUGCCCGGCCCACCGACUUUGACUUCCUGAAAGUCAUUGGCAAAGGGAGCUCCGGCAAGGUGCUACUGGCCAAGCACAAGUCUGAUGGGAUGUUCUACGCAGUGAAGGUGCUACAGAAAAAGUCCAUCCUACAAAAGAAAGAGCAGAACCACAUCAUGGCGGAACGCAGCGUUCUCCUGAAGAGCGUGCAGCACCCCUUCCUUGUGGGCCUGCGCUACUCCUUCCAGACGCCCGAGAAGCUCUACUUCGUGCUCGACUAUGUCAACGGGGGAGAGCUCUUCUUCCACCUGCAGCGGGAACGCCGGUUCCUGGAGCCCCGGGCCCGGUUCUACGCCGCCGAGGUGGCCAGCGCCAUUGGCUACUUGCACUCCCAAAACAUCAUUUACAGGGACCUGAAACCAGAGAACAUUCUCUUGGACUGCCAGGGACACGUGGUGCUGACGGAUUUUGGCCUCUGCAAGGAGGGUAUAGAGCCCGAGGAGACCACAUCCACGUUCUGUGGCACCCCCGAGUACUUGGCUCCGGAAGUGCUUCGCAAAGAGCCUUAUGAUCGGGCGGUGGACUGGUGGUGCUUGGGGGCCGUUCUCUACGAGAUGCUGCACGGCCUGCCACCCUUCUACAGCGAAGAUGUGUCCCAGAUGUAUGAGAAUAUUAUGCACCAGCCACUACAGAUCCCUGGGGGCCGGACGGUGGCUGCCUGCGACCUCCUGCAAGGCCUUCUCCACAAGGACCAGAGGCAGCGGCUGGGCUCCAAAUCAGACUUUCUAGAGAUAAAGAACCAUGUAUUCUUCAGCCCCAUAAACUGGGAUGACCUGUACCACAAGAGGCUGACUCCACCCUUCAACCCAAAUGUGGCAGGACCUGCUGACUUGAAACACUUUGACCCAGAGUUCACCCAGGAAGUUGUGUCAAAGUCCAUUGGCUGCACUCCCGACACUGUGGCCAGCAGUUCUGGGGCCUCAAGUGCAUUCCUGGGAUUUUCCUAUGCACCAGAGGAUGAUGCCAUCUUGGACUACUAGAAGAGAAGCACUCGAGCUGAAGACAGCUGGUAUCCCUAAGGACUUACCUUCCUACCUUCAGCUGCUAGUAACAGAGACUCAAAGUAACAAUGGCUUAAAUAAGGUUAUAUAUAUAUAUAUGUUUCCAGCACAUAAAAGAAGAAUGUUGUUAAGUAGUCCAAGGCUGCUGGCUCAACAGGUCAUCAGAUACUAAGAGACUUUCUGCAUUUCUUCUCUGCCAUCCUUGGGAAUUGGAUUCCAGUGUUAGGACUGCUGCAUUGACACAAAGUGGUGACUGGAGCUCUCGCCACUGCUUCCGGGUCCUGGGCAAGGCAAAAGGAGGCAAGGAGAGAAGAGCAAAACAGCAGCUUUACAGAGCUUCCCCAGAAGCCCCAACCAAUGGCUUUGGCUCAUUAGCUACUACUCCUACUUGUCACAGAGGCUGGGAUGUGCGGUUUAUUAGCUGGGUACAUCACUACCCCUAAAAACAUAGGGGCUCCGAUACUAAGGGAGAAGGGGAAUGUUCGGUAGGCAGCCAGCAUCUCUCUACCAAAGGACCUUUUGGCGUUUGGAUCUUUAACUCAUGUGUAAAAUGACAGAGAUGUAAUAAGCCUAUAGACUAUCACACACCCAACAUGCUCUCAUUUUUCUCUGUUGAUGGUGUCUUUGUUGUGGAUGGUAUUGGACAUUUAUUGUUAGGUUUGUCUGCUCAGCAUCUGAACCCUUUCCUAUAUGCAGGGAAUCUCCUAGCUUAUGAACCUCAAUGUGGGGGCAAUGAUGAUCUCCACUUACAGUAGCUAAAAAUGUAGAUACUGACUUUCCCAGCCUCCCACUGCUGCUAGGGCCAGGCAUGCGGCCCAGGGAUGCACCUGUGCCAGAUUUUGACUCAAGGAAGGGACUAGAAGCUUUCAUGGGGUAGCUACGGUAACAGUACUUACAAAACCGAGUAGGAUGGAUCAUGUUACCUUAUUUCAUUGGCAAAGUAGGCUUUUUAUUUUUCCCACAAACCUGUGGUUCAUCAGCUGUUUCAGGGUGGGCUUGUUAGGUUUUCGGCUUGUGGACAAGAAGGCAACUUUAACAUUAGUGUGUGCUGGCAGUUUUACUGCCUUUUCCUCUUAAUCACACUCUUGCUCUUCCAUUGUGUUUGCCCAUCUCCCUGCCCCAGGAAUAAUGGGGGAUGAAGCUGGAAGCGCAUGGAAAACACACCUGUGACACUAACACUGACCUACUGGAGAUCUAAGCUGGGUCAGGAAGCGUUACCGUUACCCACUGGCCUGUGCUGAGAACUUCGAAGGCAACACUCUGAUUUGAUUUCCAUCAUAGCAGCAUCUGUUAAUUGACAAGUGUGGAACAAGAUGCAGGGGAGGCCAAAAUUCCCCCAACUUCCCAAAGCAAAAAGCAAGAGAGUGUAAUUGUCAGAAACAUGAUAGUUCCGUCAAAAGUGUAAAACCCACUAUGGGUUGUGAAACACAUAAUGGUUCCAUGUGUUCUGAGACUGUCGAAUCACAAAAUUUUCACCAAGGCAGAAAAUAAAAAUGUAGAAAAACUAUGA